AUGUACGAAGGGAUUGACAACCUGAAAUCCCUUUGCGACCGUGCCGGGAAGACUUUCUCCGACGGUCCUUCUGCGGCAAAGGAUGCGCCGCGUCGUACUGCUCAACCAGACCCAGUAGGCGAUCAUCAGUUUGGAGCGGGGCUCCCAAGUAUCAUAGGACGGGGGAUAGCCGCGCCACCGGACGAGAUAACUCGUCCGACGUCCGUUCACGUCGCGGUGGUUCAACAGCUGCUCAACUAG